GAGGAGCCAUUUAAGAGUCACGGACUUCCUGAAAAUAGUGCCCAGAUGGCUGUGUAUUCUUUUAAACAUGCGAGUAUUUAUACAGGAAUAUUGACAAUAUAGAUUUAAUAUGAGAUUUUAUGUCUGGAUAGAAAAAAGGAUGUCAAGAAAGUGCAUGAAUACUGAGUUGAAUGUUAUGAGUCGCUGCACCUUCCAUAUAUCCCUCCGCUGGUUUUUGUCCCCUUUCAGACUGUUUUGGUCUUUUCGCUGUUAGCAACGGAAAGGAGCCCAGCUAGCUGUAAACUCUAAUUUGAGAUAAACGAUUUUUUUUGUCAGGAUUUCAUAUCAUUUUGACAAGAGGUGUGACGCACACGUCAAUUUUGAAGGAUUUAACCAAGCGUGUUUUUUUUUUAAAUAUAUUGUUCCCCUUCAGUUUUAAUAAGAUUUGUAGAGAUUGCUAAUUCGGCUAGCAACUGUUAACCAGCUAGCCUGCUAGUAGCACGUUAGCGAGCUGUCACACAACCACACGCCGCCAAGAAGUUUCUGGUCCACAGCUGUUCGUUUUUAAAGACGCCGUCUUUUAUGGGAUCACCAUGUCAAUGAAGGCCGGUGGAAAUCGAGGCAAGCCCGGCGGGGGCAACGCGGCUGGUGCGGCCGCCUCCGGUGCUGGAGGAAGCGGCGGGGGAAGACCGAAUCUGGGCAGGGGAAGACACAGUGGCAAAGGCCCUGCAGCAGUUAUUUUCAAUGGUGUAUAUGCAAAUAUGAGGAUGGUCCAUGUUUUAACUUCAGUGGUGGGGACCAAGUGUGAGCUGAAAGUAAAAAAUGGAGCAGUAUAUGAAGGAGUAUUUAAGACAUACGGUCCUGAGUGUGACCUGGUGUUGGAUGCAGCCCACAGAAAGAGCCCAGAGCCGACUUUAGGCCCCAGGAAAGAAGAUAUCGUAGACAGCAUCAUUUUUAAGGCUUCCGAUGUUGUAGUGGUGACCUUCAAAGACGUGGACCUGAAUUUCGCCAGAAAAGUCUCUUCUGACACAGACAACUUCACGGACGCGUCAGUGAGCGGUCGAAUUAACGGCGAACAUAAGGAGAAGGAUCUGGAGCCCUGGGACGGAGGCGACACUCACAACUCUGACAGCCUCGAGUCCCUGGAUACAGAUGUGUCAAAUGGGUGGGAUCCUAACGACAUGUUCAAGUACAACGAGGAGAAGUAUGGAGUCUUGUCCACAUACGACAGCAGCCUGUCCACAUAUACGGUCCCCUUGGAGCGCGACGACUCGGAGGAGUUUCAGAAGAGAGAAGCUCGCGCUGCCCAGCUGGCGGAGGAGAUAGAGGCCAGUGCCACGUAUAAGGCUCGGGUGGCUCUUGAAAACGACGAGCGCACCGAGGAGGAGAAAUACACCGCUGUGGUGCGAGGGGAGAGGGAGACUCACAUGCUCAGCAGAGAGAACAAGUACAUUCCUCCAGGUCAGAGGAACAGGGAAGCCAUGUCAUGGGGUGCAGGACGCCAGAAUUCACCUCGUCUGGGUCAGAGCUCAGCUGGAGCCUCAGCUUCCCGGCCGGGACCCCACGACUACAGUCCCAACUCCGGCCCUGACCAGAGGGUGGUGAACGGAGGUUCAUCCCAUUGGCCCUCACCCUGUCCGUCUCCCUCCUCUCGCCCCCCCUCUCGUUACCAGCCUGGCUCCUCCUACCUGCCUCCCCGGGCAACCUCGCCCACCAGGCCACCCUCCAGACCCCCCUCUCGACCUUCCAGACCUCCCUCUCAUUCAUCUCACCCCUCCUAUCCCUCCUACCCAUCCUCCUUUUCUCAACAUGGGCCCACGUCGCUAGCCUCCACUCUGCCCAAACGCAUGUCCUCAGAAGGUCCUCCGAGGAUGUCUCCAAAGUCCCAGCGAACGCCUCGUGCUCACAGAGUGCCGCCGUCACGAAUCAGCUCAGUCUCCACCGGAGUGGACUUGGGUUCUCACAACCCACCCGGAGAGGUUUCAGCGGCGCCUCCAACCAGGAGUAGCUCCUCUGGAGGGACCUGGUCUUCAGUGGUCAGUGGAGCGCACAGACCUCGGUCUCCACGACAGAACAAUAUGGGUCGAGCCUCCCCCGGCUCUUCCUCGCUCUCUUCACCCCAGACGGGAACGGCUCCCGUGGAAACGGUUGCUACGCUGACGUUAGCUUCCUCUCCUGCUGCUGCUGCUAGCCCCGCCCCCAACAUGGUCGCUUCUCCAUCAGGAGAUGCUAAAGAAUGUCGUGUCCAGGAGACGAGACAAUCCUCUCCCUCCACAAACAACGACAACAUGAAGCCUUUGGACAACUCCCCUAGUAUCACAAGACCACUCUGUAAAGGACCUCCUUCUAUGGCGCCUGACCACAGAAAACAAAUAGAUAAUUUGAAGCAAUUUAGUGUAGAUUUUAGAUUGCAGCCUAGCUCCAACCCAGACCCUGCCUUUGACCAGAUGAUGACCAAGCCUGUCAGAGACCCAUCUGACAAGCCCAAAGAUCUAGCCCUGGACAAAGCCUCUGCAGUGGGACGAGACGGCCCCGAGCAGGGGGCAGCAGGGCUCGCGGCUGGCAACUCCGGAGCCGUGCCGGCUUCGUCCUCCAGCGCCACGACCACCAGUAAGCCCGGCAGCCCUGCGGCACCUUCUCCGUCUCCCUCAGCUCCUGACCAGAAGAGAGGAGGGCAGGACGUGAUAUCACAGGGAGUUCAGACGACGGCCACGUCCACGUUGGGUGGACCCAAACAUGAAGAAAAAGAGGAGAAAAAGGAGGCGGUGCAAGAUCAAGUAAGAAAAUCGACCCUGAACCCAAACGCUAAUGAAUUCAAACCCAGGUUUAAUGCGCAGCCUAAGCCAGCCAACACCCCGACGCCUCCUCGGCCUCAGGGCCAACCCAGCCCCUCCAUCGUGGUUCAGCAGCCUCCGGCGGUCUACGGCUGCUUCCCUCAGAUGUAUCCGCUGACUCCAGUCAGUCCUGGAGUUCAGCCCAUCUUUUGGCCCAGUUCUGAGAAAAGCAUAAUAUGGAAGUCUCCAGCCGUGUACCAGGUCCAAAUGCCUCAUAUGGCAGUGAGCCAGUCUAAACCUUACAGAACAGGUAAAGUGCCCAACAUGCCCCAGCAGAGGUCUGACCAGCACCACCCGCCUGGCACGCCCACCAUGAUGCACCCAGCCACCGCAGCAGGACCGCCCAUUGUAGCACAGAACCCCGUGUACUCUGCGCAGUACUUCACCUGCAGCCCGCAGCAGUUCACCAGUCAGCCGCUCGUCCAGCAGAUGCCUCACUACCAGUCCCAGGCGCAGCACAUGUUCAGUCCAGUCAUGCAGAGCAGCGCCAGGAUGAUGGGCCCCCCUACACACGGCCAGCCCGGCCUCGUCUCCUCGUCUACUACGCAGUACCCAGAGCAGACGCACACCAUGUAUGUGUCACAAGGACCGAUGCCUCAGCAGUACCCUCACCCCAAUGCCACCUUACACCCUCACCCUCAGCACCCCCAGCCCUCUGCAACCCCCACCGGCCAGUCCCAUCAGGGCGGUCCCCCGCAGCACGGGGGUCCUCAGAGCCACCCUGCAGCCAGUCCAGUCCAGCAUCCUCAGCACCAACAGGCGGCAGCAGCAGCGGCGGCGGCAGCCCAGGCGCUGCAUCUGUCCAAUGCGCCCCCGCAGCAGCAGUUGUACUCGGCCUUGGCGCCGACGCCCCCCUCCAUGACGCCUAACCCCCAGAGUCCCCAGGCGUCGUUCCCCUCUGCUCAGCAGACGGUGUACAUCCACCCUCAGCAGGUGCAGCAUGGCUACAACCCCAGCCACAUGGCACACGUGCAGCAGGCCCACAUGCAGUCUGGCAUUGUGCAAUCUCACCACCCGGCAACCGGCCACCCCACAAUGAUGCUGAUGGCCACGCAGGGCCAUCCAGGGGGUCCACAGCCGCCGAUGCCCCAGACUGCCCUGAACCCCAUCCCGGUGUCCUCCACUACACAUUUCUCCUACCUGGCACAUCCACAAGUGCAGCCUCAUCAUCAGCAGCAGCUGUAGAUGGAGGGCGCCGGCGAGCCAAGGGACCCGCUCCGCUUCCCGCUUCCCGACCAGAGCCUCCAUAACAAGGCAGCGAAGAGAACGAGAGCCCGCCCUCCCUCUCUUCUCUUCCCUCACCCGACAUGCUUCACAUCAGCGUUUCUCUCCCCUCUCCCUCCCCCCUCUCCCAGUCAGACUAGGCAAUAAGUGAAUGUUAAGAGGUUGAUGCAGUGACAUGUUUUAACAAGAGCUUUUAAGGACGUCUCCUGAUCAGACCCUGUUCACACACAUAAACACACACACACACACACACACACACACACCAUAAAGGGUCAAAUGGAGUCAGCUUGCCGAGUAAGAUGUGAAAGAGAGCGUUGCAAAGAAUCAACUGGAAGCCGUGUUCUGUCUGCACCUUGUUAUGGAAAUGAAAUCUUCCAACCUUUAGGCAGUAUUAAUUUUACUGUUUAUUGCUGCUGCUGCUAAGUGCUGCGUUUGUUUCCAGACUGCAAGACAAGUUUCUAAUCAAACUAAAAAGCGAAAAAUGAGCAGAAACGUCCUGUGGUGGGGAAAAAAAAAAAUUCAAAUUAAAAUAAAACUAAAAGCAGCCAGGAGGACAGGAGAAAUGUUAUUUAUAAAACUAAAUGGCUGAGGUGAUCAGAUCCCACUUCUCACCUGACCCUUAUGUAACUUUUAAGUUAACUUUUACUUUGUAGAUAAUAUAAAUAAUUUAGAAAAUGAGCAAAAAAACUUAAAAACAAUAAAAAAGUUUUAAAAACUGGA